AUGAAGACAACUCUCGACGCAUGUAUUAAAACUACUCAAAAUAUCGAAUUUGCUGAAGAACUUGAAGACCUGAAAACAAAGGGAAAAGUUAAAAGAAGUAGUAAAUUAAUCACACUCACACCAUACGUUGAUGACAAGGGCUUGUUACGAGUUGGUGGCAGAUUACAAUCAGCUAAUAUAUCACAAGGUUAUAAACACCCAAUAAUUAUUCCAAAAAAUACUCACCUGGGAUAUUUGUUGAUUAGAGAUGCACAUGAAAGAGUGAUACCAGAACCUAACAAUAUUACUGAUACCAUAAGUCCUCUCCAACGUUGGAAACUGACACAACGCAUGAUAAGAAUCUUUUGGACUAGAUGGUCCAAAGAAUAUUUGAAUACCUUACAACAAAAACAUAAAUGGCACACAAAGGUCGAUGCACCAAAGGUCGGCGAAACAGACCUCCUUGGGACAAAUAACACAGCUUCAUCCUGGACCCGAUGA